AUGUUUGGAAACGGCCACGCUGCCCAGCGACUCCCGGCGUUGGCCUCACCACCACACGACCCGUACCGUCCGCAGUCGAUAGCAUCUAGUCGAUCACGAAACAACUCGGAUGCUAUGGACAUCUACGUCAUUACAGACAGAGAGCCUCCACGAGAGCCGUCUGGUCAUAGUCAGUGGACCCGCAACGGUUCUCUAAGUGUGAAUUCUAUGCAUAGCAAGAGCUCUGAAAGACCACCUCCUUUCUAUGAAGAGAAUGGACGAAUGUAUCAUGCAUUUCGCAAAGGAGUAUAUAUGCUACCAUGCGAUGAGCAGGAACAGGAUCGUCUGGAUAUAUUCCACAAAUUGUUCACGGUUGCCAGGGUGUCGGAUGGAUUAAUGUACGCCCCGCAUCCUAGAAAUGGCCGAUUUCUAGACUUGGGUUGCGGCACCGGCAUAUGGGCAAUUGAUGUGGCCAACAAAUACCCGGACGCUUUUGUUGUUGGGGUCGAUCUUGCUCCUAUACAACCUUCUAACCAUCCGAAGAACUGCGAAUUUUAUGCGCCGUUCGACUUCGAAAGCCCCUGGGCUAUGGGUGAGGACUCCUGGGACCUGAUUCACCUGCAAAUGGGAUGUGGCAGUGUGAUGGGGUGGGUGAAUUUGUACCGGAGAAUAUACGCUCACCUUCGGCCUGGGGCUUGGUUCGAACAGGUGGAGAUCGACUUUGAGCCGCGCUGCGAUGACCGUCCCUUGGAGGGACUGGCUACUCGACAGUGGUAUGAAUAUCUAAAGCAAGCUACACAAGAUGCCAUGCGGCCUAUAUCCCACAAUUCUCGCGAUACCAUACAAGAUCUUCAGGAGGCUGGUUUUACCGACAUCGACCAUCAAAUGGUGGGGCUACCCCUUAACCCGUGGCACCAAGAUGAACACGAAAGAAAAGUUGCUCGUUGGUACAAUCUGGCUAUCUCGGAGAGUAUUGAGUCGCUGAGCAUGGCACCCUUCAGCCGCAUUUUUGGCUGGGACUUGGACCGAAUUCGGCGCAUCUCAGCGGACGUCAAGUCGGAGGCAUUCAACAAGGAAGUACACACCUACAACAUCCUUCAUAUAUACCAAGCGCGAAGGCCUUCUGCCAAUUGA